CAGUUAGGAAAUAACAGAUAAGAAUAGGGAUAGCUGUAUAGGUUUGUUAUGAGAGAAUUACUCCUUUUCUGAUAUGUAGAAAUAGGAUUCCUUGUACAGCAUAUUAUUCAUCCAAUACAAUAUCAAUCUUAUUUUCAUUUUGUCAUGGUAUAAGAGCAGGUCUAAUUGCUUUCAAUUCUUCUUCAUUUUCUGUAGUUUUCUUGCUUUAUUAUUGUUGCUAUGUCCAGUUCUAGUCAAGUUACAAAUACGAUGGCUGAAACCACCUCUGUUAGUAAAGCUACUCUGUCUGUUGUAUCUAUUACAACUAAUGUAGUAGAUUCGGCUCAUCCUUACUAUCUUCAUCCCUCGAAUUAUCCAGGGAUGAAUCUUAUUUCUGCUGUUUUCGAUGGGAGAGGAUAUGGGGGCUGGAGAAGAGCAGUUGUUAUAGCUCUCUCAGCCAAAAAUAAGCUAGGAUUUAUUGAUGAAUCCUUAGCUAUUCCCUCUCUUGAUUUUGGACUGCAAAUGGCUUGGACUCGUUGUAAUGAUAUGGUCUUGUCAUGGCUUCUUAAUUCUCUUUCCAAAUAAAUAGGGGAAAGUGUCUUGUACUCCAACAGUGCAAAAGACCUGUGGAAAGACCUGGAAGACAGGUUUGGUCAGACAAAUGAGCUAAAUUCAUGGCUUCUUAAUUCUCUUUCCAAAGAAAUAGGUGAAAGUGUCUUGUACUCCAACAAAGGCAAAAGACGUGUGGAAAGACCUGGAAGGCAGGUUUGGUCAAACAAACGAGCUAAAUUAUUUCAACUUCAAAAAGAAUUAAGUGUUGUAACUCAAGCUAACACAAGUGUCUCUACUUAGUUCACCAAAAUGAAAAGUUUAUGGGAUGAACUAGAUGUUUUGAAUGCCUUUUCUGCUUGUGUGUGUAAUUGAGACUGUGGAGCAAAAGCUAAAAAUGUUAAAGCUCAUCAAGAUGAAAGACUCCUACAAUUUCUAAUGGAUUUGAAUGACAUAUUUAUUGGUGUUCGAAGCAAUAUCCUACUCACUUCUCCCUUACCAUCUAUUGGACAAGCAUACGCUUUGGUAAUUCAGGAUGAGAAGCAACGAGAAAUACAUGCUUCUCCUACCUAUCCAGGCGAAUCUGCCUCUUUUUUGGUUGCUAAUCAAGGACAAGGACCAGGAGAUUUUAGGAGAUACUCUGAUAAGAGACAGAAAAGCUAUGAUAACAAGAGAAAUACACCUAUAUGUGCUUACUGCAAGAAGUUGGUUCACAGUAUUGACCAGUGCUAUAAGUUAAAAGGAUUUCCUCCUGAUUUUAAGUUUACAAAAUCAAAAAGAGUGCAGGGUAGAGUUCAGGUGAAUAAUGCUUUCACAAAUGAUGAAUCUACGACAGAGGGGGAGUGUAGCAAUGCAGUUACUCAGGUUCUUACUCAAGAAAUUGUAGUAGAGCUCCUACAACUACUUCAACAGGUUAAGAUGGGACAACAAUAAGCAAAUAUUUCUGAUGCCUUUCCAAAUGUGAACUGUGCUGGGCCUGAAGGGCCCUCUGGAGAUUGGUAAAGGAUACAGGGGACUCUACUUUCUCAAGUCAAAGCUUCCAACAAUCAAGCCUAGAAAUGUUACUAAGUUCAGCAAUAGUUUUAUCUCCAAAGACUAGUUCUUGUAAAGCUUUUAAAGCUCUUGUUUCAGCUUCUAAAGCUCUUAGUUCAAUUUCUUGUUUCAGUCUUUUUAAUUCCAACGUAAAAGAAGAGUUGUGGCACUACAGAUUAGGCCACGUGCAUUUAAGCAAUAUGAAGAAUAUUUCUACUA